CGGCUUUUUGGAGGUUUACUUCGUAGGUGCUGCAGGAGUUCCCACUUAGUCGCCUUGUAACUUAUUGGCUCCCGAGCUUGGCCGGCUUUCUUUUUUACUCUUCUUUUCUCUCUUUCUUUCUUCAUCUGCUUUUUAAUUUAGUUUUGUUCUUUAUUCCCCCUUCCUUUGCCCUUUUUUCGUCUUUCUUUUCUUCUUUAUUUCGAUUCUCCCCCACGAGCCAGAAUGUUGACCGUUCGCUCGUCUUUCAACCUUCUUGUUUUUCUGUUCCUCGGCGUCCUCAGCGGGGGUGUCGAGGCGCAGCGGAAAAAGGGCAAUGGAGGGCGCCAGACUCCUCAGCAGCAAGCUGCCCAGGUUCCCCAGGGCGUCAGCAAGGCUACCGAUGGGUCCACGAUCCUCGACAUGACCGCCAAUAUCAACGGCGCUGAUAUAAGAUUCAAGAUCAGUGGGCCUGCAGACCAGUUUACGGCAGCCUCGGGGGUUCAGGGCGGUGCUCAACAGGCCGGCGCGGAGGGCAACUUGGGACUGAACGUGCUGCUGCAUGGAGAUGGUGGACAGUCUUUCUUUGAUUUCCCGAAUCAGGCCGUCCAGGGUAACCUGAUGGGUGUUGCUGUGCUGGCGCCGUCCGUGAAUCUUCUCUGGGGUAACCGGAAGGGUCAGCCGGCUGGUAACAGUCGUCCUGAUGGUGUUGCGGAUGCGCAGGCAGUCAAUGACUUGAUCCUGGAUGUCCUCCCCCAAAUGGUGGCGUUCAACAAGUCCAACGUCUUCUUCACCGGUGUUUCCGGAGGCUCCCUGACGCUGUCCGGCUUCUUCAUGCCCGCGCACCUGACCAACUUCAAGGGUAACGGCGUUCUCCUCGACUGCGGAGCGCUGCCCCCAGCGGUUGACUUCAAGGAUGCGGCCGCCACCCUCUCGACGACGAAGAUUCACUUCCAGAGCAGCCAGCAGGAGCUCACGAGCUUGCAGCAAAGCAUCCCGGAGGCUAUCCAGGCGUACGAGAAGCUGGCCUCAGGCGCGGGUCUCAGCACUGACCAGAUCAACGCGCUGCAGACCGUGGACGCGACGCCCAACGGCGGGCACUGCGCCUUUGACGGCAAGGGCUUCGUCUCGGGCAUCCAGCUGGUCGCCGACAACUUCAAGAACAUCAUGCAGGGCGGCGACGGCGCCGUCCAGGGCAUCAACGUGCAGACAGUGCUGAAGGGCGUCGUGGGCAACGAGAACCCCUUUGGACGCGGGCGAGGCGCUGCCGCCGCGGGUGCUACUACGAGUGGGCAGACUGGGAGGAACGCCAAGCAGGCAGCGAGGGUGGCUGCGACGAGACGUAAUGCUAGGGCGAUCGGUCAGCUUGACUAGACCUGGAGGCAAUGCAUGCUCUGGUUAACUCAGGUAGAUUUG